CCACAUCCAGGUACGGGCCGGGGAGCACAGCCUGGCCACGGUGACGGGACAGGAGCAGUACGCCGUGGCCGUGGAGGUGGUGGUCCACCCCGGCUUCGACUCCGCCGACGGGGACGGCUCCUACGCCCAUGACCUCAUGCUGCUGCGUGUGGAACCCCCCUUCCAAAUCACCCCCUACGUGCGUCCACUGGACCUGCCCAGAAGUCCCCCGGCCGCCGGCACCAACUGCACCGUCAUGGGAUGGGGCACCAUCACCAGCCCCGAGGAGUCCUACCCCGACACCCCCCAGUGCGUGAACGUCACCGUGGUGGGUGACAACGACUGCCGGACGGUCUACGGCAACAAAGUCACCGAGGACAUGUUGUGCGCCGGCGUGGCUGCGGGGGGCAAGGACUCCUGCCAGGGUGACUCUGGGGGACCCCUCGUCUGCAACGGGGUCCUGCAGGGCAUCGUCUCGUGGGGUGACCACCCCUGUGGGCAAGUGGGGAAACCAGGGGUCUACAGCCAGGUCUACAACUACCUACCGUGGAUCCUGGAGACGAUAGGGGAGGACUGA